CUUUUAGGAUGGAUAUCAUUCGAGCGGAACGUCAUAUGAAAAUUACCUGCAUUGGGGCGGGGGCUUCAGGACUCUGCUUCGCGUACAAACUCCAGCGUUCAUUCGAUAAUUUCACACUUACCAUCUAUGAAAAAAGUGAUAAGGUUGGUGGUGUGUGGGUCCGGAAUCGUUACCCAGGGUGUGCGUGCGACUAUGAAGCGCACAACUACACCUAUUCGUGGGAACCGAAGGCGGACUGGACUAGCGUCUACGCCAGUGCUCCUGAAGUGCAAGGCUAUUUUGAGGACUUUGCAAAGAAGCAUGAUUUACUACGAUACUGCAAGUUUGCUACUACUGUGACACAGGCCCAGUGGAGAGAGGAAAAGGGGCGGUGGGAGCUAAGACUAGAGUCUAGCGAAACGGAAUACUAUGAUGACUGCGACAUUCUUAUCAACGCCUCGGGCCUCUUGCAUACGCAUAAGUGGCCCGAUAUUGAAGGAUUGGAAGAAUUUGAAGGAGUGAAAGUGCAUACGGCGGCGUGGCCUGAGACUCCAGUCAAAACGUCGGGGAGAAAGGUUGGGCUUAUCGGUAACGGCUCCUCCGGGCAACAAAUCCUCGAAGCCGUGCAACCACACGCUGGCCAUUUGACCGUCUUUAUUCGCCAGCCUACCUGGGUUCUGGGCCCCUUUGGUCAGCAACCUCGUCGUUACACAGCUGACGAGGUCCAGAGUUUCAAAGAUAACCCCGAGAACCUUCUCACCAAACGCAAGGAGUUUGAGAGGCGCGUCAAUAGCUACUUCGGGUUCUGUCUUAAGGAUUCCGUGCAGCAGGCCGCACUCCGCUCACAUCUGACUCAGACGAUAAAGAACCGAUUGAAGGGAAGCCAAUAUAAUGACGAGAUGUUUAUCCCGCAAUAUGCGGUAGGGUGCCGAAGACCGACACCAGGGACCAAGUAUAUCGAAAGCUUGCAUGCAGCCAACGUCCAACUAAUCAUGGGAGAUAUUAAGCGAAUUAUUUCGGAUGCUGUGAUAGAUCAUGAAGGCACAAAGCACCCGUUGGAUGUGUUGGUUUGCGCAACAGGUUUUGACACUUCCCACCGCCCCCAAUUCCCAAUAUUUGGCCAGGAUGGGAAAAACUUACAGGACAUUUGGCGCUCCAACGCAUCUGCUUACUUAGCACUUGCAGUUCCAGAGUUCCCAAACUACUUUGUUUUCUAUGGGCCUAACAACCCGUUUGGAAGCGGCGCGUUUCUUUCGACAAUCGAAGCUCAAGCUGACUAUAUGCUCAAGUGGUGCGAUCGCUGGCAGACUGAAAAUGUACAUUCCUUCGCGCCUAAGAAGGUAGUUGUCGAAGAAUUCGAGACUUUCCUUAGUGAAGCUAUGCACAAAACAGUAUGGGCUGAUUUGUGCAAUUCGUGGUACAAGUCUUCCAAGGAGUCGGCUAUCGUAAGCUUGUGGCCUGGAAGCGGCUUACAUUACAUGGAGGCGAUUUCAAGUGUGAGGGGCGACGACUUUGAAGUUAGAUACAACGGGAAUAGAUGGGCAUGGCUUGGAAAUGGCGUGAGUCAAGUCGAGAAGGAUCCGGAGUGCGACCUCGCAUAUUACAUUCGAAAUGAGGAUAAGAGUGAGCUUCUAAGUGCAAAAAAGCGGCGCAGAGCUCUGGCCAAGGGAAUCCAUAUCGACCCAGAGACACUACAUAUUAUCGGAUAGUAGCUGAAGUAUCUCGAUCAUCAUACUAAAUCUGAUAUACCUGCGUGAUAUCUGCAUGUCAUAUUCGAUCGACGCC